GAAGGAACGGGUCUUCAUCCAUAAACGGGGAGCAGCAGACAUCGUCAUGAAGGUCUCCGUUAUCACUACAGCCGUCUUUCUGCUCGCAUGCGUCACGUGCAACUACGGCCAAGCCGACAUGCAAAAAGGCUUGGCCCUGAUGAAGAAAGCCAUGGCUUGCUUCGGCAACGUGGAUAUGAGCAAAAUUAUGCAAAUGAAGGGUGGCAACCCGCAGAUAGAGAAGCUUAUGAAGGGGUUCCAGACUUGUAAGUCGCAACCAAUGGAUAAAAUUGUGGACUGCUUGGGACGUGAAGCGGGGCUCAAUUCGACGGUAACUAAUUGCCUGAAUGGAGUGGUGAGAAGCAUUUCAAUGCAAUAGGACCCUGCGCAGGAGUUGUGCGAUAUUAAGUGGACGACGGCUAUUGUAUUUGAAGCCGCAAAUAAACACGUUCCUGUUCAAUAA